UUUCAAAAAUAGAAGUCCCAAGUAACGCUUAUUUUAGAUUUCUAUAAACAAAAAUCUCAUUCUUCAUGAAAAUUUUAUUUAAAAAGCUUUUCUUUAUUUAAAAACAGUGAAAAACAAACUUUUUUCUAGAAUUUUAUUUUUUAAUAACGGUCAUUUUCAGUCCCUGGUUUUAAAAGAUUUUUUUUUAAUCAUCUGAUAAAAAAGCCAAACUUUCAUCUCUUUUGGUUUAAUCGAUAAAUGUAAAUAAAACCCGGCGAAUUCUUAGCUGUUGGUGAAUUUAUUUUCUCAAUUUAAUAAAAAUAAGUAAAUAAUUAAUAAAAUGGCGCUGGUGGACUAUGGUGGGAGCAGCUCCUCCGCCUCUGAAGAUGAAGAGUCCACAGAAAACAAUCAAACUCCCACAUUGAGCAGCCUCAAAAGACCGGCCCUGCCCACAGCUGCCGCCCUGCUGGGCCCCAAGAAACCCAAGCCCGAGGAGUUCGUCGAGGAUGUGGUGGAUGAUCCCGCUCUACAUGGCGGUCGCAUCCGAAGCUUUAAGCACGAGCGGGGAAACUGGGCCACCUACGUCUAUGUGCCGGCAGCAGCCUGUGCCGAUCAGCUGGAGGAGUUCCAAGCCGAAGCCAUUGCCCAUUUGGAGCCCCACCUGGAACUACAGGCCAAUGAUUCACUGCAUCUCAGUUUGAGUCGAACGGUGGUGCUCCAAUACCAUCAGAACGAUGAGUUCUCACGAUCCUUGCAAACAGCUCUUAACAGCUCCGUGGGAUUCUCUGCCACUUUGCAAGGCCUGCGGAUCUACACAAACGAGGAGCGAACCAGGACCUUCAUCGCCGCACCUUUGGAUCCUGCUUUUGUGGAGAAGAUGACUGCCAUUCUGCAGCCCAUUGACCAGGUGAUGCUCGACUACCGCUUGCAGCAGUUCUACGAUCCUGCCUCCUUCCAUGUCAGCCUCCUUUGGUGUUUGGGCGAUCAGGAGGCACUGCUGAAGGACAAGCUAAAAGAGCUGCAGGAGCUCCUGGAAGAUCAGGACACUCUUACACUUGCUGUCAAUGAAAUACACUUGAAAUGCGGCAACAAGGACUUUACUUACAGGUUAAAAUAAACAUUGUAUUGUUCAAAUUUAAUAUGAUUCAGGAAUAUUUUUAAAUAUGUUGUGCCCCAAAGGUUACAUUUAUAAUUAUAUGCAUGCUGCUCGUAAAUUUAAGGUAUAAAAACUUUUCUUUACUUUAAAAUGUAAUCCCAUUUUGAUCGUAAUAUCCUAUUUUAGGAUACGCCAAAUAUAUUUCAAGGAAUAUUGUUAAA